AUGGCAAGCUACGCUUCCGCCAAUUUCCCAACAGCGGAGUCUUAUCCCUUCGGCGGAAACGGCGCCCGGCGGCCUCUCAUGGACAGUCGUGCCUGGAAUUUGAUCUUUCACGAGUCGCAAACGAACACUCCCCGCAAAGCCGUUUCGAUCAUGACUCUUAUCUGCCUCAGCACGGUGAUGGGAUUCAUUACGGCGGUUGCCAUCGUCAUGGGAUCAUUCUCCUACGCUGCACACUGGGACGUUAUCCCUGAGGAUAUCUGGGACUACUAUGAGAACUACGAUUUUUCCUGGUCUUUUCGCAACCAGGUGAUUUGGCUCGAUGCACACGACAUCUUCUGGUGGUUAGUCUUCACGGCGGUAUGGAUGCUGUCGACGAUGAUCAUGUAUCGUGUGUUCUUGUACGUCAGGUUUGCCCCGUUUCGCGAGGCGAAGCACAGGGGGUACCAAGAUUGA